AUGAACUAUAGCCAACCUGGACCCUCUUGUCCUGAUGUUUUCAUUACCAACUUUGUCCUCGCUCCUACAGUAUGCCUGACAUGGCACACCUGUCAUGGGGGAAAGGUGCUUGUUUAUCCAGUGGAGGGAAGCCACUGGGUUAACAUGAACAUUGUCAUCAAAGCUUUGCACUCUAAAGGACACAACAUCACAGUUCUCCGAUCAGACAAAAGCUGGUAUGUCAAGGAGAAUUCCUUUGACACCAUCACAAUUCCAGUAAGCGCUACCUUUGAUGAGGAAUUCAUUGUGAGGGUAAUUACAUCGGCCAAUAAUAUCCAGAUUGAUAUGUUUAAGAAAAUGUUUGAGGCUCAUGUCACCCUGAAAGAGAUGAUAGUGAACAUACAUGAAAACCCAGAACUAAUCAAAAGCAUUCAGGACAGUCACUAUGACAUACUGCUCACAGAUCCCUGCUGGGGUGGUGGGACAGUGUUGGCCCAUUGCAUCCACCUUCCUCUUGUUUACAAUGUGCGCUGGUUGCCAGUAGGCAAGGGGCACUUUGCUAUUGCCCCUUCACCAUUGUCGUACAUCCCACUGAAUGGAUCUGGGUUUUCAGACAAGAUAACAUUCAUAGGGAGGGUUAAAAACAUGCUUUACUUUGGGAUUAUGAUCAUCCAAGAUCGCUUGACCCUGAGGCCAGUAUACCAAGAGCUCUGUGAGAAGUACCUGGGUCCGCAGAGUGAUUUCUACAUGCUGAUGCAGUCUGCAGAUCUCUGGCUGAUGCGUGGUGAUUUUGUGUUCGAGUUCCCACGCCCCACUAUGCCCAAUGUUGUUUACAUGGGUGGGUUCCAGUGUAAGCCAGCAAAGCCCCUUCCUGAAGACCUGGAGGACUUUGUUCAGAGCUCUGGAGAACAUGGAGUCAUCAUCAUGUCUUUAGGGACAUUUGUCAGUGAACUUCCAAGUGACAUUACAGAAGAAAUAGCAGCAGCUUUUGCUGAGCUCCCCCAGAAAGUUAUUUGGAGGUACACUGGAGGGAGACCAUCUACCCUGGGCAACAACACCCUAAUGGUUGACUGGAUGCCACAGAAUGAUCUUUUGGGGAAUCCCAAAAUCAAGCUUUUUGUGGCCCACGGAGGAACAAAUGGAGUACAAGAAGCUAUUUACCAUGGUGUUCCAGUUGUGGGUGUACCUUUGUUUUUUGACCAGUAUGACAAUCUUCUUAGGCUGAAAGUAAGAGGGGGGGCAACAAUAGUCUCUGUUGCAACACUAGAUAAAGACACCUUCCUCCAGGCUUUGCUAGAGGUGCUCCAUGAGCCAUCCUACAGGGAGAACAUGCAGAGACUCUCCAGGCUGCACAGAGACCAGCCAAUGCAGCCCCUGGACCGAGCUCUCUUCUGGAUUGAGUUUGUCAUGAGACACAAAGGUGCUGCCCACCUGCGCUAAGAGUCCUACAAGAUGCCCUGGUACUCCUACCACUCAUUCGAUGUGAUCCUGUUCUUACUUGCUAUCAUGACCACUUUUGCGGCUGCUUUUUUAUUUGGAGUGAAGUUUCUGUGUACCAGGAUUUGCACAAGUCAAAGCAAGAAUAAUAUAAACACUUACUAA